UGAGGAUGCAUCGCGCCGCUAGCCUUCUUUUGUUCUCCCUCGUCGCCGUUGUGCACGCCCAGCAGGCGGGCACACUCACGACGGAGACGCACCCAUCGCUCACGAUUCAGCAGUGCACCUCGAGCGGAUGCACGACGCUGUCGCGGAGCGUGACGCUCGACGCCAACUGGCGCUGGGUGCACGACUCGAGCGGCACGAAUUGCUACACGGGCAAUGAAUGGGACACUUCCAUUUGCGACACCCCGACGUCUUGCGCGGAGGACUGCUACCUUGAUGGCGCCGAUUACCAGGGCACAUACGGUGUGACUUCGAGCGGUGAUGCGCUCACCCUCGAUUUCGUCACCGGCAGCAAUGUGGGCUCACGUCUCUACCUCCUCGAGAAUGAGAGCACGUAUCAGACCUUCGACCUCAGGAACCAGGAAUUUACUUUCACUGUUGACGUAUCCAACUUACCUUGCGGCCUCAACGGUGCUCUGUAUUUCUCUCAGAUGUAUGCCGAUGGUGGUGUAUCCGAGUACUCAAACAACAACGCCGGCGCGAAGUAUGGAGCAGGAUACUGUGACACCCAAUGCCCUCAGGAUCUUAAGUUCAUCGGCGGCCUGGCAAACGUCGCUGGAUGGACUCCCUCGACCAACAACGCGAACACCGGCACCGGUGACAUGGGCUCUUGCUGCAUGGAGUUGGAUAUUUGGGAGGCGAACGCCUAUGCGACGGCCCUCACUCCGCACGUCUGCAGCAACACGGAACCGGCGAUCUGCACGACUGCGGAUGAGUGCGGUAAUACGACUGCGACACGCUACGACUCGUACUGCGACCACGACGGCUGUGACUUCAAUCCGUACCGCAUGGGCAACACCACCUUCUAUGGUGAAGGAAUGACCAUAGACACGACCUCCCCGUUCACAGUCGUCACCCAGUUCAUCACCUCGGACGGCACUUCGACUGGCACGCUCUCUGAGAUCCGCCGCCUCUACGUGCAGAACGACGUCGUCAUUGAGAACUCAUACUCGGACAUCUCCGGCAUGUCCGCCUACAACUCAAUCACGGACGACUACUGCGUGGCACAAAAGACUGCGUUCGGCGACACAGAUGAGUUUGAGACGCUGGGCGGGCUCGCACAGCUGAGCGAGGCGUUCGAGGCCGGUAUGGUUCUCGUCCUCUCGCUCUGGGACGACUACACCGUGGACAUGCUCUGGCUCGACAGUGACUACCCCACGGACGAAUCCACCUCUGACCCUGGUGUGGCGCGUGGCCCAUGCUCGACCUCGUCCGGAGUCCCUGCGACCGUCGAGUCCGACUACCCGAGUUCCAAUGUCAUCUAUUCGAACAUCAAGUACGGUGACAUCGGUACAACGUACUAGAUGAUUGAG